AGGGCAUGUUACGUGUGUGUUGUCAGUAGUUUAGCUUCUAUUGCCACCAGCUUCGCAGUACUUUGAUCAAAGGUGUAAGGCACAUCAAAACAUCUUGGAUAACAAUGGCUACCUGUCCCUUCUCAGCAAAGUCCCUGUAGGAGCUCUGUCUCACUCACGUAGUCAUGACACUGGAGCAAUACUCGACUGACUCUCUGUCACUACUGCCUAAAGGUUUCAGAUUACAGCUACUCCACAAGAUACCAAUUAUUGACAUUUGUCGACUGGAAAAUACCAAGUUCACCUCGGGGAUUGAUAUUAAGUCUGUUUGGAUGGAACUUCACAAAGAGUACAUAGGUACAUACAGAGAGUACAUAAGUACAUUAUUGUUACGGUUUGAACUGGAGAGAAUCCAUUUUUAAGACAUUUUUCGCUAACAUUAUUAAAGGGGAGUGGCCAUACGGAUAUUAUCAGGUUAUGAAUCGAGGGGAUAAGCGUACUCCGUGGAUUGGUAGCGAUAUGAAUGAAGAUCGUCCUGUUAGCGAACAUAAAGUGGACUUUAUUAAUUAUUUGGUGGCAGUAAAGCGCAAAAUUCCAGUGGAAACUGCUGAGUUGAAAAAAAAUUCGAUCGAGGACAAAAAGGAUGAGUAUUACAGAGCUAAACGUCGAUAUGGACCAGUUAAUGCUACAAUGAACCACCAUGAAGUGACCUUGGUCAAGGGCCCAGUACCUCCUGGUAAGGCUUACCAUGAAGCUUGCCGGGCUAAACAGUUUGUCCCACCUCGAUACACAAAGUUCUUCUCUGAAGGAAGCUGCUACUUAUCAGAUUCUACUGCACUGAAGCUGAUUGCUGAAAAAUGUCACUUUCAGCCAAAAGAUGUGUUUGUACAUGUGCCAACUUUCAGUACAUUUGUUCUCAACACGGAGCAAGAAUUAGGCAGUGUCAAUUGUUUGAGAGAUUACUUCAAAGAUGUUGAGUCUCUUACCAUUGAAGGAAAGAUAGAACAAUUCCAAAUGAAAACCAUUAUUCGUGGAGCUAGAUAUGGGAAUCGUAGGGACAUUGCUCGCUGUGCUCUUGGCUUGAUGCUGUUGACACCCAAGCCCAAACUGACGAGCCUCACAAUUAGACUUAGUAUCACUGACAAUGUGAUAAAUUGGAUUGCGCCAGCUCUGACUGCUUAUGGUGGUUUAACGGAACUAAUUCUUCAAGCUUACGGUAUUUCUCCAGAUUUGCAGAAUCUAACUUCGAUAACUGAACACCAACCUUUAGUUCACACUGUGUCAAUAUUGAUUUCUAAAAGAAGUCUAAGAUACGACCCAUUUCAUUUUAGUCCAGAGUUAUCUGAAGUGCAACUUAUUUCUUGGCUUCAAACAUGUUUCAAGAAGCCGUUGUUGCGAGACCUAAAGCUCUCACUUGAUUUGGUAUCUUUGCAGUUUCUCUUCCAAAUCGUUACUGAUUUUCUCUCGACACCAUGCUCACAUGAACAAACUCUCACUAUCCUAUGUGAUCUUGAAGAACUCUUAGCCGAAGCAGUUAAGUUUCCCCCCAAACCUUCUCGUGUUGUGCCUAAAGGUCCUACAUUGACAUCACCAUCACCACCUAAACUAAUCCAUUCGAGUGAACCCAGUGACAUUCCCACCACGCCCAUUCAUCAGUUUGACGAUGCUUGCACUGUGAAGUACAAAUGUUUGACCUUUGAUUCUUGUAGAAUUGACUCUUCGUUUGUGAAAGCUUUCGUAAAACUUGCCCCUUUGAAGCUUAAAAAUAUGUCAAUUCUUAAAGGAAGCAUAUUAAGUCAAUACUCCACUGAAUUUCUCUCCCAGCUUGCCCAACAGCCGCUCAUUGAAAUGGAGUCACUAGAAGUGGAGCUUGGCAAGGAGGACGUGUUUAAUUUUGACUCCAUACUACAAAAUAAAUUGUUGAUAUAUGUGACCGUUACGUGUUCUGUCAGUUGUUUUACCGAGCUCUCUGGCAUCUCUUUACGUCGAGGUUUCGAUAUUAAGACGAUAGUCGAGAUUCCCAGAAACAAAGUCAUGUUCACUCUUUCUAGAGAUUGAUUUUAGUGGUCAAAUAUUAUUGUACCCUUGUAGGUAUAAAGAUAGACUUUACUAAGUAACACUCUUACUACUAAGUAACCGCGAAGCUUUGGAUUAAGACGAUAGUCAAGACUCUUAUAGGGCAGUGUGGUGUUCUUUCUUUCUAGAAAUUUAUUUAUAUAUGCAUUGGAAAGUUAUUGUGUAUCCUUAGGUAUAAUUAUAGAUAUAGUAUUUUCCAUUCAUAUCAAAGAGUUAAUGACUCGAGAGCUGUUCAUAAUUAUUUUCUCCUUUUUAUUGUUCCUGCAUGUUACUUACAUCUGUAUCGUUGUCCUCAUUUACACAGUAGAACGAUACUAGCAAAUUAUUGUGUUUUCCUGCUUUUGUAAGCAAGGAGGCCAAAGAAUUCUUGA